CUCAAUCAUCACAAAAUAUAUGCCGGUUCAACAUUGGUCUUUGCUUCAACAACUCGCAAAUCAUGAUUAUAGGCUUUCGCAUAAGCCAUGGCAAGCAUCGCAGGCACAGAUGUAGAGAUAUUGGUGCACACCACCGCGCCGAGCAGGGGGCAGGAUGACACUCGAUACCGCGCUCUUGCUCGAGCAUACAUGAGAUUCCAACCCGAAACACAUCAACGACUAGAAGAGGAGUCUGCCAGCAAUGAGGUUGGUGUCUUGGGUGGACAGGCGCAGAGUCAGCUGCAAGGAGACCUACUGCAAUCAACACAAGAAGAGAGGGAAUCAGCCGCCUCAUAUCGCCCCGAUGAGGAGGAUGAUGCGAGCACUGGACGGCGGACUUCUCUCCAAAGCGAGAUUCUGGACCUCUCAAGCCACGCUCGCUCGCUGCAAUCACCGAUGCUCUCCUUCAAUAGCGUCCAAGACAAUAUCGAUUCUCCCGUCUUUCGAGGCCUGGUCACACGUGACGAGCCAGCCUCUAGACUUGUACAAACACAGCGAACUCAGGACUCAUCGGACUCAUGGCGACAUUCAUGGAGUAGUAUUGCUGAUUCUCAACCCGGGAACAAUAUGUCGGUGCCCGAAUUCACUUCCCCUUCGCGGAUUCUCAAGCUUUACCUUCCGAAACCUGGCAGUGCCGAGGAGCCUUCGCCACAACUAGGAGGUAGACAACACGCGGAUCCUGAGACAAGCACUAGGAGCAUAUAUACUAGCCAAGUGCCGCUAUCAGAUUCGCUCGAAAGUAGUAGAGUUCUUUCCUCCCCAUCUCCAAACAAGCGGACCAGGAAGAUUGCCGAUCAAGGACCCGAAAAUCGAAGUCACGAUGCUCCCUCUAUACAAGAUCCCGAUCUUAGUUUGAAGAGAAAGUGGCCCGAAUCAAGCUCUGGGGAGAUCCGCACAACCUCCGCGCCGCCGAGGAUUAUGGAUGACUCUACAAUACCUUCAGACAAGCAUCCUCUUAGCCUGCUCACCAGUCCCAGGAAACGGCAACGUAUUGACGUUUCAAGCUCUGAAAAUAUCGGAAUAACCACCAGUCUGCCCUCCAGUCAAAUCAUUAAGGCUGUAAGGUCGAGUCCACCCAGCACAGAUAGACCUUCCCCUUGGGCGAGCCUUCUUGAAGUACGCCCAGCCCCACCUACCACAUCCACUGAGGACCUGACACCAGAGAUGUUCAUCACGGAUACUCUGCACCAGCUGGCCUCGAAGAUGCCUGCUGCACGUCUCUUUCGUCCUGUUGUGGUGACUCGGGAAUUACGACCAAUGGAACGGGGCUACUGGCUGCUCAAUUGUGAUAGCUGGGACGAAGGCCUUCGAAGAAGAUGCUGGAAUUUCCUUGGGGACCGCAUUGGAAAAAAUCUGGUUGGAUGGGGAGUAUGGUGCGUCAGAGAUGCAGAAUAUUCGGCGAUUCGAGUCUACUGCUGGGGCAUCAUAGUGGAUUAUAUAUACCUGCUUUUGUACCUUGCCAGUGAGGGCAAGAUCAAGAAUAUCGGUGCCAGUUGGAUAGGUGGCGAUGGAAAGGUUAUCAUUAAAAUGCCAUCAUGAUCACGAUUUGUCUUCUGCAUUGAACAGUGGGCUCUUACUCCAUAUUUCACCAAACUUCCGUCUCAGUAUACUCAACACAGAUCAGCCAUCACCGGGUUCAUCGAUAAACAUGUGCUUGGUUUUGCUCAAAGCAAGAUCGUUCUGCCCUUGGCUCAACGCUGGACCCGCUGUGAUUUCCUCACAUGUCCCAGCGUUCCUCGCAACACCAGCCCCCGAAACCCUUUUUCUUGGAAUUUGAUUCCUAUUAUUUGUCGGGGAAAUCAGCUUUGGACUUAGACUCGCCUCAUGAUCGGUUUUUGGAUCGUGGACUGAGCCGCCCUUCGGCUCCAGGAGCGCCUUCACAGCAGCGUUGAAUUGAUGUCUCCAAUGUCGCUGAUACCACCAACCCA